AUGUCUCACGACAAGUCUCAAGACAGCCCCAGAAAGCUGACAGAGGACAUGCCCCUCGGCGCCCGUAUUGGCAUGAACAUCAUCCUCGCGGCCGCACCUCCCACACUCCGUAGACACGCUAUCCGUCGUCUGGAGGGUGGUCCACGACCUAUACGCAAGACCAGGGCGGAGAGGCAGCGCGAGUGGGAGAUUGAACAAGCUCACAGGGCUAGGGAAGGGACGUCUAGGAGUGAUUGGACUCAUCAGUCUAGCAGUCCGUGUCCUUGGGAUGAGGAUGAGGGAAGUGGUAGUGAUUCUGAGACAAGGGGUUUGGGAGCUUUGGGCGCUGACGAGGAGCAGGUUGAAUCAAGAGAAUCCAGGGCUCCUGCUCUGACUGGCAACGAGCCUUACUUUAUGUCAGACAUGGAGGGGAUAGAUAUCCCCUCUCGCAGCUCCCAACCUCCAGGAUUCACUCGUGAGCCGAGCCAGAACCCUCUGAGUAAUCUGCUGCGCGGGGGACGACGAGAACUCACGCGGCAAGGGAGAAACAAAACGAAGAGAACAGAAACGCCUCCACCGACUUGCCAAAAGCUCCCUGCAGCAAAGUCAGAUGGGGAUUUCCCCCCUUUCGAACCGGAUGCGGCGAGCAUGACGACGGGUUACCAACGGAUAUACAGGUGGUCUAGCGAGGUUGAUGGCGUCCCCGAUGACUUACGUCCGGUUGAUGAUGGUCGUACUUCUGUGUCGACGGCUUGGCCUGGUCCUCACACUGAUGCUGGCGAUGAAGUCGGACCUAGUGAGAGUAUCAGUGUCAUUGGCAACGAAGCAGAGGAUUCGGGGUUGUACAGAAGGGGAAAGAUUGCGCCCAGCUCUCGAGAGAGUGCGAGGCAAUCUGAGAGCACGAAAUGGUCCCAGUAG